AUGGAUUCCAACACAGACAUCGAGCUCAACGACGUGCCUACGGCACACCUUAUCAACAGCAUCGUCGACAACUUCUCGUGGCGGCAGAUGCAGGUUGUCGUCAAGGACAGAAACACUGGGAAACCUAAGAACAUUCUGUCCGAGGGCGCUGGCUUGGUGCACGCCGGUGAGAUGCUGGCCAUCAUGGGCCCAAGCGGCUCUGGCAAGACAACGUUGCUCAACACCCUCGCGCAUCGAGUCGCUGCUGCUGGAGCAGACACCACCGGCCAAAUCAUGACGAACGGGCAAACAGCUAACAUGGCCAUCACCCGAGACCUCUCUGCUUAUGUGGAGCAAGAGGAUGCGCUGAUUGGCAGCAUCACCGUAAAAGAGACGAUGAUGUUCGCUGCUCGGCUGGCACUUCCAAGGCAAGAUUCCGCUCUGGAUGCCAUCCGCCGGGUCGACGACCUAAUUGCCAGCUUUGGGUUACAGGGACAGGCCCAUACCAUUGUUGGAACUCCCAUCAAGAAAGGUCUCAGUGGCGGCCAGAAGAAGCGCCUUGGUAUAGCGAGCCGCCUCGUCACUGACCCGAGAAUUCUCUUCUUGGAUGAGCCUACGAGUGGUCUGGACUCAGCUCUGAGUGCAGAAGUGAUUAGAUACAUCAAAGAUAUCGCCAAGAGGAAUAAUCUCAUCGUCAUCUCCUCUAUCCACCAACCGUCUACGAUUACCUAUCAACUGUUCGACAAAUUGGCACUCUUGUCCGUGGGCGAGACGUGUUAUUUCGGGGCCAUCAACGACGCGCCCGAUUACUUCCACCGAAUCGGAUAUCACAUGCCACCCGCUACCAAUCCGGCCGAGUUCUUCCUCGACCUCAUCAACAUCGAUCUCGACAAAAACGGCGAGGUGAUAGAGAGGACGCAGCAUAUUAUUAAGACAUGGAAGAGCACCCAGGAACGCCGUGCUCUGGAUGAGGAGAUAGAGAGGGUAGCAACCACGCCAUCCGGGACUGACCUGGCGAAGCUCAAAAUACCCAAGGCAAGCGCGUGGAUGGUCCCCCUGACCCUCUUGCACCGCUCCUGGAUCAAGGCUUAUCGCGAUAUCGUCGCCUAUGAGAUCCGAGUCAUCAUGUAUUUCGGCCUUGCCGUCCUGAUGGGAACGGUAUUCCUUCGAUUGAAAUCGUCACAGGAGUACAUCCAGCCAUUCAUCAACGCAAUCUUUUUCGGAGGCGCCUUCAUGUCUUUCAUGGCCGUCGCUUAUGUUCCCUCCUUCCUCGAGGAUCUUCAUACGUUCCAGCGUGAGCGCGCAAACGGCCUUGUUGGGCCCUUGGCGUUUAUGGUGUCCAACUUUCUCAUCGGUCUGCCGUUCCUUUUUCUCAUCACAGUCAUCUUUUCUGUUAUCGAAUACUGGCUCUCCAACUUCCGUGCCGACGGGUCAGCCUUUAUGCUGUGGGUCCUUUGGCUCUUUCUUGACCUUCUGGCGGCCGAAUCCCUUGUUGUGCUGGUAUCCAGUAUUUUCCCAAUCUUCGUCGUCGCACUGGCUAUCACGGCAUUCGCAAAUGGGCUCUGGAUGGCUGUCGAUGGAUUCCUUGUGCCGAUGAACAUCCUCAACCCGUUUUGGAAAUAUGUUUUCCAUUACAUCGAUUAUCAGGCAUACGUCUUUCAAGGCAUGAUGGUCAACGAGUUUAAGGCUCGGACGUAUACUUGCCCCCAGAGCGCGAAUGGCGGCUACCAGUGCAUGUAUGUUGGUGAUUUGAACGCUGAAGGGAAGAUUCGAGGUACGGAUGUCUUAAAGUCGUUUAAGAUUGAGACAGGUCUUGAAGGAACAUGGAUUGGGAUCAUGAUUGGCAUUAUUUGCGGGUAUAGGCUUCUGGCAUAUCUUGCUCUGCGACUGAAGAAAUAA